UCGUUUUAGCGAAUUCGUCGGGCGCGCUUCUCCCCAAAAAGCCAAAGUGCACUGAAGAGAAAAGGCAUUUCGUUCACAUAACUGUGUCCCGUCCUCCCGGUGUAUUCGUGUGUGUGUGUCUGUGUCGGCGUCUGUGGUCCGCAAGAAUUAACUGUUUUGUUGUAACAAGUAAACUGUAAUUUUACUCUGCUCUCUGCUGUAUAAUUUAAUAUAUAAUUACGUGCACUUUCUUUUGCUCAAAAAAGACAAAAACAACACAAAAAAAAGCACUAAGCGGCAGACUUCCUCUCCAGCUCCAGCCAAAGGACAAUUCAAGUUCAAAGAGUGGGGAAGCUGCAAAAGCAGAGCAGCACAAGAACAAAAACACAGUCGACUGCGGAAUAACGCCUUAAUUUCCUUCCCUUAAUACCCGUGAGAUUUAAGUGAUCAGGAGAAUCUACUCGGCAACAUGGUGCACGCCUCCACCGAUAACAAGUCCAGGAAGCUGCCUCAGUAUGUGGCCGCUCUGGCAGCAGCUGGCGGUGCUUUUGCCGCCGGUACCGUACUGGGCUGGACAUCGCCUGCCCAAACGGAGAUCGUGGUCGAUGGAGAGGGCUAUGACUUCCCCGUCAGCGCCACCCAGUUCUCGUGGAUCGGCUCCAGCAUGAAUCUGGGCGCUGCCUUUGUGUGCAUUCCGAUUGGCUUCCUCAUCAGCAUGAUUGGACGCAAGCUGACGAUGUUGAUGCUGGUCCUGCCCUUCCUUGUCGGAUGGGCCAUGCUCAUUUGGGCCCCAUCUGUGGGCUUCUUGUAUGCCUCUCGCUUCAUUCUUGGUCUGGCCGGCGGUGCCUUCUGUGUGACUGCUCCGAUGUACACAGGCGAGAUUGCCCAAAAGGAUAUACGCGGCACGCUUGGCAGCUUCUUUCAACUGAUGAUCACCAUAGGUAUCCUUUUCGUAUAUGCUGUCGGAGCCGGUGUCAAUGUCUUUUGGUUGAGCGUCAUUUGCGGCAUUAUACCCAUCGUCUUUGGCGUCAUCUUCUUCUUUAUGCCGGAAUCUCCCACAUACUUGGUGGCAAAAGGUCGUUCGGAAAGUGCCGUCAAGUCCAUACAGUGGCUGCGUGGCAAGGAAUACGAUUACGCACCGGAGUUGGAGGAGCUGCAUGAGACCGAUCGGGAGAUACGCGAGAAUAAGGUGAACGUUUGGGCAGCCCUCAAUCGUCCGGUGACCCGCAAGGCUUUGGCCAUCAGUCUGGGCCUGAUGUUCUUCCAGCAAUUGUGUGGAAUUAAUGCUGUCAUCUUCUAUUCCUCAAAGAUCUUUUUGGAUGCAAACACCGGCAUUGGCUCUCAAUGGGCUACGAUCAUGAUUGGCAUUAUGCAGGUGGUGGCCACCUUUGUCUCCACUUUGGUGGUGGACAAGCUGGGACGUCGCAUUCUGCUGCUGGCCUCUGGCUCUGUGAUGGCCCUCUCCACCACCGCCAUUGGUGUGUACUUCUUUCUGCAGGAUCAGGAUAGCACCCAGGUUGAGAGUCUGGGCUGGCUGCCAGUGGCCAGUUUGUGCAUUUUCAUUCUCAUGUUCUCCAUUGGCUACGGACCGGUGCCAUGGCUGAUGAUGGGCGAGCUGUUUGCCACCGAUAUCAAGGGAUUUGCUGGAUCCCUUGCUGGCACCACCAACUGGCUGCUGGCCUUUGUGGUCACCAAGACAUUCGAUGAUUUAAACAAGGGUCUGGGAAAUGGCGGCACGUUUUGGCUCUUUGCUGGCCUCACAGUGCUCGGCGUCUUCUUUGUCUUCUUUGCCGUGCCCGAGACGAAGGGCAAGAGUCUGAACGAGAUCCAACAGGAGUUGGCUGGCAACAGCAGCACCACCGCCACCACUCAGGCGGUGAAUGGUGCGGAAAAGUAAAGCGAAAAUCGGAAAACUGGAAGUUGAACCGCCGCAAAUCACUGUUAACUUUGCUGUUAUUUUAUGUUUGAUUUAGGUUCGCGUUUUCAAUUGAUGUUAGAAUUUUGUUUGUAGAAUUUAAUGCAGAUCGAAGGAGGGAAUCAGAGAUACGAGAUAGCGAUAGGGAGUUGCAGCAAAAACUGAAACUAAGAGCGAAGACUGAAGGUCCACUGCAUCAUAAACGAACUGCAAGGGUAGAGGAAGAGGUUCUCUGACCUCUUCCCUUGCCAUGGCAGCCACAGAAAAGACAACAGCAAUUUAAGAAAUAAACAAGACAUAUUAUCUAUGUAUAUUAAUAUAUUGUGUAUGUUUAAAGUGUGUAUUGUACGCCUAUUUAGCAUUAUUUCGCAUUCUUUUUAAACACACACAAAUUUCAUGAAUUUUCCGUACGAUUUUAAGGCACAAUUGCAUUUUGUUCGGGUUUUAAUAAAAUGUUUCUAUUUUUACAAUAUAUAUAUAUGUGUCUACGAAUAUGUACUAUAUGUAUGUAUACGAGUAUCUAAAGCUGUCCAUGUCUGUUACUUCGAAAGGCAUUCAGUCGAUUUGAAUUCAUUUAGCAUAUCCUCCUUUAAGUUGUAAACUAAGCCACGCCUUUUGCCACAUUUAUUUAUUUUCGCGUCAAAGCGAAAUAUGUUUAUAUAUAUUUUAUUAAAUAAACCACAUAAAGAUACACGA